AUGCGCCCAUGGCGGAGGCUCAGAGGUUUCGGCGCAGAAAUGCCCGGACGAGGCCACUCUGCCCUCCAGCUGACGAUGUUCCCGGGGCUUUUGCAGAGGCUGUCGCCAUCUCUCCAGGUGCAGGGCUUCACGCAGCUCCGUGCCACCGGCAGCAGCGUUGGGAGCGUUUUGCACAAGAAGGCCACGGGAACGGUGCUGGCCGGACGUGUUCGCCGCCGCCGGCGAGUGGUGCAGAGAAACCAACCGCAGCGAUCGAUUCUGGGACGACCUCGGCUGGAAAGGUUCGACCUUGAAAGCGAAGAUGAGUCUGGAAAGUAG